AAGCACGUGACCGGGCCUGGAGCCGGAAGCUACCUCUGCGGUAGGGAGCUCCCGGAGCACCUAAGGCUGAGAUGACUUCUACACUGACCCAGGGGCUGGAGCGAAUCCCAGACCAGCUCGGGUACCUGGUGCUGAGCGAAGGUGCAGUGCUGGCGUCAUCGGGGGAUCUCGAGAAUGAUGAACAGGCAGCCAGUGCCAUCUCUGAGCUGGUCAGCACAGCCUGCGGUUUCCGACUGCACCACAGCAUGAAUGUCCCCUUCAAGCGUCUGUCGGUGGUCUUUGGAGAGCACACACUGCUGGUGACCGUCUCAGGACAGAGGGUGUUUGUGGUGAAGAGGCAGAACCGAGGCCGGGAGCCCAUUGACGUCUGAAUCUGCCAGAGGGCAAGGGUCUGAGAAGUGGAUUGGGUCCAUGGGCCUCUGUGAUGAAGGCAUAGCCAUCCUCCACCUCUUUCUUGGCUUGCUGCAAAAACUAAGGCCUUCUGCUCACCCACCCCUUCCUAGAAGAGCAGAGGCUUGGGGACUUUGUACUGUGUUUUCAAAGUGAAUGAGGACAACAGGACUUCCCUAAUAAAUUUGAGUCAGAUGUUC